UGAAAUUACAAUGGUUAUAAAUAAUAACAUUUCAUACUUCAUUGUUUGAAAGGUAAUAGAGAAAGCAUUAUAAGGUGAACGCAUCUGGAAUAUAAGUAUUAUAAUCUAAGUCAAUCACCAUCAAUUUAUAUACUAUCAAACUAUGAAAGAAGAAAAAAAGGGGGGGUGAGAGAAGACAGAAAACAGAAAAAUCUAAUCAACGGUAUCAACAUGGCAACUCAAGAUGGUCAAAGUUCAUCAAUUUGGAAAAUUGCUUAGUGAGGUGAGCCCACUAGUGUGUAUGACUGAUCAGUGUAAUGAAAGUAAUAUGGUUACCAGGGGAGUGAGAGAUUAACCACACUCUCUUUCUGCAUGCAUCGUAAUAGAUUCGCUGUCCUUUGUAUGUUUCAUAUUUUGAAGGAUUUAGAAAUCUCGACAAAAUGACCCGUAUCCACAAGGUGCCUGGUAAUUGCACUUUGUUGACACUGUUUUUUAGAUUUUUCUGUCUUCUCUCACCCCCCCCUUUUUUCCUUCUUUCAUAGUUUGAUAGCAUAUAAAUUGAUGGUGACUUAGAUUAUAAUACUUAUAUUCCAGAUGGGUUCACCUUAUAAUGUUUUCUCUAUUACCUUUCAAACAAUGAAGUAUGAAAUGUUAUUAUUUAUAAUCAUUGUAAUUUCAGGUAGUUUGCAGCUGAUGAGAACCUGUGAAAUAGAAUGAUAUCAUUUUAUACACUACAAAUCACGUCUUUCUUUCUCUAUCAAAACUUAUCAAGGGAACCAAAUGAAUGAAAUAAGUCAACUAUACUAGAAGUAAAGUAUAUUAUGAAAUAUGUAUAAAGUGUAUUAAUAAGGUUGAAGCAAUCGAUUAGUUGAUCAGGUAGUUGCUUUACAUGUUUAAGUAAGUUGAUAUUGAUAUAGUCCAUUUGGUUUUUAUGUACGCUAUUUCAAUUUUUACACUUUUUGAUCUUAGUUUUGUGUAUGAGAUCUCUCGUUUCAAGUCAUAUGAUCAAUGUGUUUCAUACUUUCAUCUAAUCUGUAGUGUUAUUAUGAUAAUCUGUUUUUCUACUAAACUGUAAAAUAGAAAACGGAAGUUAAAUGAAAUGAAUAGUCUUCAGUACUAUGUAUCUAUAGUCCUCUGUUUUCAUUCAAUUCAUUGAUCUAUUGAUUGAUCGAUUAUAUAACUGACUAGAAAAUUGAUUAACUCGUGUACUUUUAUUAAGUGAACAACGUGGUAAACCGUAUUUUUAAUUUAAAUAAGAACAUAUUUUCGUUUGCAUUUUGUUUACCUUGACUAUUUGGUUCACUGAACUAAGCGGUCGAUUUUUUACUUCCACUACACUUUCUUCAACUCUAGCAACUGUGUCAUCAAAAACCCUAACUAGGCAUGUAAAUGUUUGUGCUACAGCAGUGGAUUUUCGCUGUGGAAAUAUAUAUGACCUGGUAAUUGCAUAAUGCUGGAGAAAUGAAGACAGCUGGCUACUCCAUCGAAAACACUGUUAAGUUUUGAAAUUCGAACAUAUCUCCAAAAUUCAACAGUAAUAUGGCAAACUCUAAAGCAACCAGGUACUUAUCUAUGUCUCAGGAUUUAACUAUCUUAUCACCACUUCAUCUCAGGUUUUGGAUUGUAUGCACAGUGUCCAAAUUAGGGAAUGAAAUACCCUCACACGGCCGAGGAGCAGUUGUCAAAGUAUCACAAGCGUAAAUUUGUGAUGUAUAGUGGUGAGGAACACUAAUAUAAAACCGAAUAAGUUAUCGAGUUUUAUCGUUUGCCUAUUUUAGUUAUUCUGUUAAUUUGAGCUGAAAUAAAUGGCACCACUUUCAGUAGUUAAUUUCAGGCGGUACUUAGAUUGACUUAGUCAAGUCUGGUCUUAUAUGCACUGUUUCUUUGCCGCCUUUCAGCCAAUACUCCAGUAUGCGUUUUAUAACUCCUGAAAUAGCUUGGCAUGAAACACUACCAAUUUACUCAUGUGAUCUACAGAAUCGUGGGAAUAUAUUAGAUAAUAAUCAUAACAAUAUCAAUAGCGGUUGCAAUGAUUCCAAAUCUAGCCGAAUCCCUUUGGCGGAAAUCAAUUUGAAAAGUGUUAAAGAUUUCGAUCCUGAUUCAAAUUGGACACGAUUGGCUACAGCUGGUGCAGAUAAUUUUGUUCGUUUAUGGCGUGUACAGCUAAACUGGUUGGGCACAACUGCAACAAGAACAAAACAAACAGAAUCUCAGUGUAACGUUGGUAUGGUGACAACUACACUGCAGAAAUCAGAAAAUGAGAAAUUGAAACAAUUAGUGCAUUUGGCUUCCUUAAAACGUCACGAAAAACCUGUAAAUGUUGUUCGUUGGUCACCCUCAGGUGAUUACCUUGCGUCUGCUGGAGACGAUCUAUUCAUAAUCAUAUGGUUGAAUCAAACAGUUAAUAACGGGGUAGCUUCUUUGGUGGAUAGCUCAACUAGUGUGAAAGAUGAAGAUGAUUAUGAUGCAUUAAAUGCUGAGGUUUGGAUUCCUUGUCGAAGUCUGAGACGCCAUUUGGAAGAUAUCUACGAUAUUUGUUGGUCGCCUGAUGAACGUGCACUUAUUUCUGGGUCUGUUGACCACUCAAUUAUUGUUUGGCAACUUGACUUAGCUCCUUCGUCAUCUUCUGCAACGGCAGUAGAAGACGUGGGUAAUGUUGGUGAUACAGCUUUGGAUAACGUAAACCCCACUCGACCGGAGAAUACAACAGUGUCAAGUGCAACGAAUAUACACUCCGGAAUUAAAGCUUUGAUUUUGCGUGAUCACAAACAUUAUGUGCAAGGUGUUACAUGGGAUCCCCUAGGUUUUUAUGUUGCCAGUCUGAGUAGCGAUCGAGCUUGUCGAAUAUAUCGAGCAGGAACCAAAAAUUGUUUAGCUCAUGUAUCAAAGGCAGGGAAACAACGUUUGUUUCAGGAUGAUUCCUGGAAGUCAUUUUUUCGACGAUUAACUUUUAGUCCAGAUGGUUUAUUUCUUGUUUGCCCGUCGGGAAACCUUGAGGAGGCUCAAUUCGCAGAAAUGCAGACGUCAAACAUACCUCUUACAAAUAAUGGUGCUCAGCAUUCCGACAACGUGUUGGCAGCUAUUCCACCGGUUGCUCCGCAACAUGCAGCGCAUAUUUUUGUACGUUCUAACUUCACCCGACCGGUAGUCAGUUUGCCCACAGGCUCUAAACCAGUGGUUGCGGUUCGCUUUUGUCCUCAACCUUUUCAAUUAAGACAAACUAAUUUCCUAAACCAGAACACUACAAAUCAAUGUACGAAACUGUUCAAUCUGGAUUAUCGAUGGCUUUUUUGUUUAGUGUUGGAGGAUAGUGUACUUUUUUAUGACACCCAACAAAGUGUACCAUUUGCGCAGGUUUCUCAAUUGCAUUACCAGGCUUUAAAUGAUGCAACAUGGUCAAAAGAUGGACAUUUAGUUGUGGUCUGUUCUACUGAUGGUUAUUGUUCCCUUAUUCACUUUGCUCAUGGCGAACUUGGUGCGCACUAUCGAGGUGUAUUCGGUGCAUCUAGUCCACAACCUUCUCCAAUGGGGACUGCUAUUGUUGGCGAAAUGGAUAAAUAUCACUCUAACACUGUGGAAAUGGAGCUUGUGAAACCAGAUUGUACACUGAACGAAACUCCUAGUACUGAAAAUGAUUCAUCUAAAGUUGACUCCCCAUCCGUAGAUAUGUGUGACUUAAAUAAAUCUACGAAUGACCAGAAGAUAACAGAUAUGAGAUCGGACAAAAGUACUACGAAUGUCGAUAACCCUGUGCUCCCACCUAAGCCGCAGAAACGACGUGUACAACUAACCACUUUAUUGUCGUUCGUGGAGACGGAUAACAGUAGCAAUAAAACAAAAGUCUCAACGCUUCAACGAAGUGAAUCUAACUCUUAUUCGUUAAUGAGUGUAGAAAGCACAUCUCAGGAAUGUCAAGAAAACAAAGUCAUUUAAAUCGUGAUUUCGUCUUCUUAUGAACCGGGAGUGUGUGUGUGAAUUUAUCAGAAGUGCAUUUUUCUCAUGUUGGGAUAUUCUGCAUUUAUUUGAUAGGCAUGCCUAGAACUUAUUUUUGUAUCAUGUACCCUGGAUUCUAGUAUUUUGUUUACAUAUGUCACUGGUUUUCUAGGUAAUAAAUUUUCACCUUAUAA